CCCUUUACUACCAUUUAUCGAUAAAUUCUUCGAACGCGAUUGUAUCGCGGCCAUCAUAGGCAGCAUUAUAAGCAUAGGCUCGGUCGUCGUCGAGUCAGGCUCAGUUCCAGUUCGGUGAUGUUGGGUGAUGUUAACGCUGGUGGUUGAUUACGCAUCCUAAGGAAAAAUCGCGGAAUAAAGGGCGUGUGUAAGAUGCACGAGUGCCGGAGUUCUCGGACUCUUGGCUCGGUCACGGCCUCGGCCUCGAUGACGCUGCCGGGAGCGACGAGCGCGUGGAACGCGAGAGCAGCGCGCGGAUACGGUAAUCGAGUGGCUUAGGAGUUGUCGAGAGCGACGAAGGCAUCGAAGCUGCCAGGGCCAGGCAGGACGACGGGGGAAGAUGUCCGCGUCCUAAGGAGCCGCCGUGCACCGAUCCGCGGACGGACGCGUCUCGGCCGUUUUCUUCGGUGAUUGCUGACGUGAUGCCCUUUGAAAAUCCCACGAACUUUUCUUGUUAGAGACAAGCGCGUGUGACUCUCGGUGAAAUGUUUUCGUCGCCGGCGUCAGCGGUGGGCGAGCCAUCGGGCUACGAUUUUCAGAAAGAGGAGAACGCUGCCAAGUGGAAGGGAGUGUUUGUCAACUCCUUGCGCAAGGUACUAGAACAAGUACAUCCUAGUCUCGAAGCUCGACAAGAUGCUUUAGACUAUGUGGAAAGUUUAAUUUUAAGAAUGCUAGGCAUGCUUUGUGGACAUCCACCCCCUCAGACUCCUCAAGAUGUGGAGGAAAGAGUAAGACGAACCUUUCCUACGCCCAUCGAUAGAUGGGCUCUUCGUGACGCUAGAGAUGCUUUAGAGAAAGGGAAAAAGAAGUCGCCAUUAGUACUACCAGUUGAUAAGAUUCAUCAGUUAUUACAAAAAGAAGUAUUACAGCACAAAAUUGAUUCGCAAGUUAGCCUGUUUGUAGUUGGCGUUUUGGAGUAUAUUUCUGCUGAUAUUUUGAAGCUAGCUGGAAAUUAUGUGAAAAAUAUUCGCCACGUAGAGAUUUCGUGUGAAGACAUAAGAGUCGCGAUGUACGCGGAUAUGGUAUUGAUGGACAUGUUUUAUCAAGAUGAUUAUACGGAAGGUCCGCAAAGUAGCUUGGGUGCGGUUGUUUCGCAAACUUAUGAAGAGUCUGUUCGAGAUCUCAUUCAUGACGAACGGCAUUACAUCCGUGACUUACAUAUGAUUAUCAAGGUAUUUCGCGAAGAGAUUGCAAAGUUGGCGCAAGAUAAGAGCGAACUAGAGACGCUGUUCAGUAAUAUUACAGAUAUUUAUGAAGUUACUAUGACAUUAUUCGGCAGUUUAGAAGAUAUAAUGGAAAUUACGGAAGAGAAGCAAACACCUACGGUCGGUUCGUGCUUUGAAGAAUUAGCAGAGGCAGCAGAAUUUGAUGUUUAUAUAAAAUAUGCGAAAGAUAUUAAUAGUCCAGCUAGCAGGGAGGUUUUAACGAAUUUAUUAUCAAGACCAGAAGCUAGUACGGCUUUGCGGGCAGCAGGCCAUGGUUUUAAGGAGGCCGUUAAAUAUUAUUUGCCAAAACUCUUGUUGCAACCUAUAUGGCACUGCUUCCUGUAUUUUGAUUACAUAAAGGUUUUACACAAACGCACACCUAAUAUAGAGGAUAGCGAAACUCUGGAACAGGUGCAAGGUUUAUUAAGGCCACUACAAAUGGAAUUAAUGCAAUCUGUAGCAAGUCUUCCAAAAAAGGAUACGGGCUUGCGAAUGCAGAGCAGAGCAAGGAGACAGGCGGCACUAGAGAAAACUAGUGAGCUACAAAAGACUGUGGAUGGUUGGGAUCAAAAAGAUAUCGGGCAAUGUUGCAAUGAAUUUAUUAGAGAGGAUACAUUGAAAAAGGUGGCUAGUAAUGGACGAAGAUUAACAGAAAGGAAAGCCUUGUUAUUCGACGGUUUAUUAGUAUUGUGUAAGCCAACUGGUAGUAAAAGAGUCAGCGUUACUGUUGCAGCAGGCAUUGUUGCAGUCGCUGGACAUUCGACUCAUCAAGGUGAACUCCGAUUGAAAGAGAGACUUUUUAUCAGAAAAGUCGAUAUUAUCGAUAGAGAAGAUACCGAAGAAUUGAAGAAUGCUUUUGAAAUUGCACCGAGGGACCACCCUAAUGUUAUUCUUGUUGCCAAAUCCGUUGAAGAUAAGAAUAAUUGGAUGGCAGAUUUAGUAAUGUUGAAUACAAAAAGUAUGUUAGAAAGAACUUUAGAUAGUAUCCUAUCCGAUGAGGAAAGGAAGCACCCAUUGAGGCUACCUCCAUCUCACUUGUAUAAAUUUACUGAACAAGACAGCUCGGAAAAUAUUGUUUUGGAGGCCAGAGAAAAUGGUGGUGUUCCCUUGAUUAAGGGCGCAACUUUGAUAAAAUUAGUAGAGAGAUUAACUUAUCAUAUAUACGCUGAUCCAGCUUUUGUAAGAACAUUCCUUACUACUUACAGGAGUUUUUGUUCCCCUCAAGAAUUAUUGACGCUGCUAAUAGAAAGGUUUGAUAUACCAGAUCCUUCAUUAGUCUACGGCGAAGAGGAAAAACCAUCUGUAUGUAAGACAGCUAGAGAAGAUUGGAAAAGAUAUAGGAAAGAAUUUUGUCAGCCGGUGCAGUUUAGAGUUUUAAACGUUUUAAGACACUGGGUCGAUCAUCAUUUUUAUGAUUUCGAACGUGAUAGAAAUCUUCUGGAAAAAUUGCAAUUGUUUUUGGAAUCAGUUAGUGGUAAAUCCAUGCGGAAAUGGGUCGAUUCAGUAAUAAAAAUUGUGCAACGAAAAUGCGAGCCAUCGGAACAACGACCUAUCACACAUAGCUUUGAACGAUCUCCUCCGUCGAUAGAGUGGCAUCUUAAAGUUCCUGAGGAAGAAUAUGGAAUACUUACGUUACAUCCUAUCGAAUUAGCAAGACAGUUAACGCUAUUGGAGUUUGAUUUGUACAGAACGGUAAAGCCUUCCGAGUUAGUCGGCUCUGUAUGGACAAAGAAGGAUAAGGAAAAAACAUCACCCAACUUGCUGAAGAUGAUUAAACACACAACAAAUUUCACAAGAUGGUUAGAAAAGACAAUAGUAGAGGCUGAAAAUUUCGACGAGAGAUUAGCCAUUAUAUCACGUGCAAUCGAAAUAAUGAUAGUGCUGCAAGAUCUCAAUAAUUUUAACGGCGUUCUGGCCAUUAUCAGUGCUAUGGGAUCGGCUUCAGUUUUUAGAUUAAAAUUUACAUUUCAACAAAUAAAUGCACGAUUAGAAAAAGCGUUGGAAGAAGCACGGGAGCUUAACAACGAUCAUUUUCGGAAGUAUCAAGAGAAAUUAAGAUCUAUCAAUCCACCUUGCGUACCAUUUUUUGGUAUGUACUUGACUAACAUUCUGCAUAUUGAAGAAGGAAAUCCGGAUUAUUUACCGGGAAGUCCGGAGCUUAUUAAUUUUAGCAAACGGCGAAAAGUAGCAGAAAUAACUGGUGAAAUACAGCAGUAUCAAAAUCAACCCUAUUGUCUUUCAGUGGAAUCUAGAAUAAGGCAAUUUCUUGAAAACCUGUGUCCUUUUGAUCCCAAUAUGAAAGAUGCGGACAUAAGCAAUUAUUUGUACAAUAAAAGUUUAGAAAUAGAGCCAAGAGGAUGCAGACAACCUCCAAGAUUCCCGCGUAAAUGGCCAGAUUUAAACUUGAAAUCACCAGGAAUCAAGGCUAGAAGCGGAAAAUUACCAGCUCCGUUACAUAUGGUGACGUCCAACGUAAGAUUACAUGAUUCUCCAGCGGACACGUUUCCUCAUGAAUUACCGGAAACACCUCCACAUGGACUACAAAAUACAGUUCCACAUAUAGAUCAUAGCGUUUUUCCGCCUGUCAUAUUUGCUGUGCCACUUCCAGCAUCACCUAGUCCAACUAGUGGCGCUAAAUCGGUGCGUUCGAUUCCCUCGUCGAGUAGCCCUCAGUCGCUUCAGUCUUUCUUUCCUGCGCAUUAUCAAAGUGAAAGCCCCAGUGCAAUGCCGACACCGUCGUCUCCCAAUAUACCUCUUAAUCAACUUAAUCAACUUCCGCCGCCUCUACCACCUAAACCUAGAGUGAUACCUAAACGACGAGAAAAUUCAUGUAGUGAAUCACCACAACAAGCAAAACAAGCUCCAAACGCACCAAUUCUUCCGCCGAGGGAUGAUAUCUCGCCACCGCCGUUACCACCACGACUUCCAGCAACGUUAAAUCCAAGUAGUUCGGCAUUACUGUCGCGCCGAAAUUCCACGUUAGAAAAUACAUGCUGCAAUGUUCCACGGAGACAUAUGUCUCUCAAUAGCCCUAGCCCUACGAAACUUCCACCAACGCAGCCUAAUGGAUCAGUGACACCGAAGUUACCACCAAAACCUAUACAGGGACGUCCACCUACAACCAUGUUUAAUUUCAACCACCCUCCCGGACCUAGUUAAGUGUUACCUUCCCACAAUUCUAUUUUUUUACCUUGUUGGAAAAACAUUUUCAAUCGCAGCUUAGUCCAUUCGGUAAGUCAAGCUGAAAUCUUUCUUGCCGCACAUAUAAAGAAGCACGGUCUAAUAAAUAGAUCGAUUCCAAAUAAAAUAUUUAUUGUAUUAAAUCAUUGUAAAAAUAUCAAAAAUGUUAAGUGAUAAUUUGAGAAUUCUGAUAAUUUUCUCAAUAAAUUUCGAGUCCGUUGUUUGAAAUAAUCAGUGCUUUUGUGUUCAUCAUACUUUAUAAUCUUACUGAAUAGACUACGCUCAGUAUCAGUUACCUGUAUGGCUUCCUUCCUUUAAAUCCCCGAUUCUCCUUCAAAUACAACUGUGAUAUAGUUUCAAUACAAAAAAUAUGUUAAUGUAAUUAGACACUUAGAUUUUAAAAUAAUAGACGUAAGAAAGUGAUGUGUAUCGAAUAUAUACAAAUAUGUAUACAUAUAUAUAUAUAUUGAU